GAGCAUCCUCAGCGCCGCGCAGCAUCCCGGAAGUACGGCAUCAUCAUCAUCAUCAUCAUCAUCUGCUCCUUCAGGAGGAGAGAGACGCAUCACCGUCUGAGCUUUGACAACAACGUUGAACAGUGACAGAAAUCCUCGACCUGUCCGGCGGAAAUUCACUCCUUUCCCCUGCAAGUGGAGUGCAUGUGAAACAGGGGGAAAACCUUGUGGGUUUUGAGAGGCAGCAGCCGAAGGGCCUCUUUUUUCUUGCCGAAGAAGGACAGUGCUUGUCCACAUUCUUGUUGCUGUUUUGAGGCACAACCUUAAAGGCUAAAGUCGGACAACAAGAGUCUUAUAUGCUCGACAAAUGAAGUGACCGACAGGAGACAAUGUCAUCGUUCCAGGUGGUGGACUCGUCGCCUGGCAGCAGCGUCAGCAUCAUGGAAACGUCCAACUUUGCCCACGUCAUCUUCCAGAAUGUGGGGAAGAGUUUCCUGCCGCAGGCGCCCCUGGAGUGUCACUACACCCUGACCCCCUAUAUUACGCCCCACCCCAAAGACUGGGUUGGCAUUUUCAAGGUGGGUUGGAGCACAGCCAGAGAUUACUACACGUUCCUUUGGUCUCCUAUGCCUGAAAACUAUGAACCAGGAAGUACUGUGCACAGGACUGUGGUGUUUCAAGGAUAUUAUGUACCUAAAUCUGACGGGGAGUUUUACCAGUUCUGUUACGUCACCCACACUGGUGACAUCAGAGGGGCGAGCACGCCCUUCCAGUUCAGGUCCUCUACUCCCACCGAAGAACUGCUGACUGUUACCGAGGACGACAGCAACUCGGACAUACUGGUUGUCACCACAAAGACUGGCCUGUUAGAGAGAGUAGAGGAGGCGCAGCAGGGGCGCAGGGAGCUGCUGAAGGCCAUGCGGCUCCUGGAGGGGGAGAACCAACAGCUGCAGGAGGAGCAGAAACGACUGGCCAGGGAGCGGGAGCAGGAGAGGGAGACAUGCUGUCUGCUGCGGACACACAACCAGGAGCUGCUGCGCUCGUCGCAGGGCCUGUCAGAGGAGAGGGAGGAGGUGAGGAGGAGGCUGACUGAGGCCACGGACCGGGUCCGCCAGCUGGAGGAGGACCUGCUGGGAGUGAGUCAGAGAGGCCUGCAGAAAGAGACGGAGCUCGAUUGUCUGCGAGAUCGUCUGAAGAAACUGACGGCAGAGAGAGACAGUCUGGAGAGCCAACUGAAGAAUGAGAAGGAUGAAAGAGACCUCUACAAGGCCCACCUGCGCAGCACCGAGUUAGAGAACACUAAGCUGAGCGCAGAGCUCCAGAUGUUGAAAGCAGUGGAGCUGAACCGGGAGGUGACCAUUGCCCAGUUCCAGGAGGAGCUGGAGAGGCUCAGAGCCUGUGUUGCCCAGCGGGACAGCCUAGAGAAAGAGCUGCUGGCGCACAAGACUGACAAGGCAGAGCUGGCCCGUGUGCGUGAGCAGCUCCGUCAGGCGGAGGAGCAGCUGCAGGCGUCCCGGCAGCAGGCCUCCCUGCUGGCCUCGGAGCUCCGUGACUCAGCCAGCGCCCGGGACCACACGAUGACGGAGCUGUACCGCGCCCGCUUGGAGGCCGACAAGCUCCGCGCCAGUUUAGCUGAUGCUCAGGCCGAGUGCCAACGCAUGGAGAGCCAGCUGGACCGCAUGAGGAGCACUGCACAGAAGGAAGUGGGUGUCGGGACCAGUGGGGAGGUGACACCCAGUAUGACGGUAGUGUCAGAAGCAGAGGCCGAGCUGCAGAGGGAAGUGGAGGAGCUGAAGCUGCGCCUUCACAUGGCUGCCGAACACUACAAGGAGAAAUACCGGGAGUGUCAGCGCCUCCGCAGGCAGGUGGCUAAACUGAACACAACUGAGUCACAGGGGGAGCCAAAAAGAAAUGCAUCCACUGAAACGACACAGGAGCCGCUGACCCCGAGUCCAGAAUCACCCACAGCAGGGAAUAUAGCUACUGCAGUCCUACAAGAAGCAGCUGAGAUAACAGUUGACCCAGAGCUCCUUAACAGGGAAACUACAUACACCGAUACAAACAUCAGAUCAGAAACAGAAGACAGGCAGAUAGAGAACCUGCAGAAGGAGAGGGCCGAGGCUGAGGUUGCGCAAGUGGGGAAACGAAAUGAAGACGGUGAAAGGGAAAAGAAAGAAACGAAGGAGAAGAAGGAGAGCCUGCCGGAGGAGAGCCUGAAGAUGACGAGCUGGGUAGAGGUGGAGGACGAGAGGCUGGGUGCCGAGGCGGACAGUGCUCUGCAGGCGGAGGAAGGGAGGGAAGGCGCGGAGGAGCAGCUGCUGCUGGAGGUGGAGGGGAGGAGCUCGGCGGAGAAGGAGCAGACUUGCUCGGUGGAGGAAGAGCUGGCGAUGAUGGAGGAGAAGUGGCGGGAGCAGUGCGCGAUCAACGAGACGCUCAAACAGCGACUGGCCAAUGAGGAGGAGCGAUUCAGAGUGCAGAUGGCAGAGCGAGCCAGUGAGGUGACAGAGCUGAAACGCAGCCUCGCCCAGGCUCUCAGAGACAAGGAGCAGCUACAGGAGGAGCUGCAGUGUUACGUGUGCAGGCAGAGGGAGCAGGAGGCCGGUGUUCAGGGUGCCGAGGUCAGGCUGCCAAUGGUGCUGCGCUACCCGCUGCCCUACCCCCAGGACCCCUCCCCUCCGCCGCUGGUGCCGCAGAGGCCCGCUGAGUUGCAGUACGGCAAUCCCUACUCCACCGACACCACAAGAGACCGGGUGGAUGUUGCUCUGUCUCCUGAGCACAUGUCCCGUCCGCCACCUGAGGCGCCACCCUGCAUCCCUCCUUGUGCACCCCCGAUGACCCCGCAAAGCCCCGACGCCGGGGCACCUGGCUGGGAUCGAAAGGUGGUCUGCAUUCAGCCCUCGCGCAGCACGAGCCCCCCCGAGAGCCUGGAGCAUCCACCAGAGGAGCCAAGAACUGUUGCUGACGGGGCCAAACCCUCCUGCGACCAUCGGUCCAGUAGACGCACUGAGGCAAGAGGCAGCUUCUGCUUUGACUCCAGCAACGACGUCCACAAGCGCUGCCCGCUGUGCGAGGUGAUCUUCCCGCCGCACUUCGAGCAGCGCAGCUUCGAGCAGCACGUCGAGAGCCACUGGAAGAUCUGCCCCGUCUGCUCCGAGCAGUUCCCCCUCAACUGUCAGCAGCAGCUCUUCGAGAGGCACGUCCUCACGCACUUCGACGGCCACGUGCUCAACUUUGAGCAAAUCGAGUGAAGGUUUUAAUAUUUAUACAAUGUGUGUUGUCCGCUAUUAGUUCAUUUUUAUCUGGGUUUAUUGUUAAGUUGUCUCGUUAAUAUACAAUCAUGAGCACUUUUUGGUUCCCGAACGUUGGAAAAGAAUGUAGUUCUCCUGUGAAGGGAAGCGGAGGCCGUGCUCACACCGAGGUGUUUCUUCAGCAGGGUAGCGUUCACCUAAAUGCACAAAUGGGUAAAAAGGAUCAUUAAUACUUUGGAAAAGUGCCACGGCCUUUUACUUUUCUAUCAUUUUUUUUAUGCUCGUCCUUCUGCUUCAUAAAGCACCAUCGGAAGUGCAUGCUUUUUAUUCUGUGUUUUUAAAACAGUUCAACACGACAAAACCGCAGCCGUUCAAGCGAAGAGAGUGAAUUGUAGCAGGAGCUUUGAACCAAGGAUUAAGUAUCUUUAGUAUCUUCUUUUCUCCUUCACUGCCCUGAAUGUCUCUUUACAUUAAGUGGGAUUCUCUUGUGAUAAAGCAGCUAAGAAAGUGCUUCAUCUUUUCUUUCUUUUUUUAGUGUAAAUGCAGAGAGAGAGAGAGAGAGAGAGAGAUCUGAAUACGUGAUGUCUUAAAGAGUCAUCCGCGUGAGGAUAUAAAGGGCAAUGGGUGCGGUGGAGAUUUUUUCUUCCUGACUCGGGAAGGGAUCUUUGACUUCUCCUGAGCUGCUGAACGUGUGACGGUGUUUUGCGGGACAUCAGACGGUUUAAACGAAACAACAAAAAAAACAGCACUAUGUUUUCAUGUAUCUGCACUAAAUAAGGCUUUAUUCUGAAUGUACUGUACAUAUGAAAGUAAGUGGGAGUUGUGGAGAGACUUGUGAAUAACUGUCGUGACCCCGCCCCCCCCCCCCCCCCUCCCCUCACUGUUACUUCCCUCAUGUUUUCCGUGAUGAAAGAAUGACGGACCGACGAUGUUUGACUUCCUGGUGUGCACUUUCUGCUCUUUGGUCGCUCCACAAAAAGCCGGGCGGAGGGAUGUUCUAUCAUGUUUUACGGUUCGAAUAGACUGCGGGACACUGAGAUACACUGGUUAUUGUUACGUACUUCCACGUUUUUUGAAGUUAGAACUGUGAGAACGUCUUUUCUUUGUGCGCAGCUCCACGUCGGCCCUCAUGAGUGAAUGUCAUUUGUGCGUCUCCCCGCUGGGCUUCAUGCGGCCGCUUGUCUUAUUUUCUUUCAUUACAAAGUGUAAACCCCCUGACAGUGUUUUAAUCAGGCUUUAAAAAUUGCACAUGCCCAGUAAUCACAAGGCAAAUGUGUGUGUGUGUAUGUGUGCGCGUGCGUGCGUCAUGUGUCCGAUGCUGCCGUUUUCACACGAGAAUGUCUGGAUGGUGGUUUUAAGUGUGAACUGCAAAAGAUCUCUAUGAAUAAAGUAAGCUUGUCUAAAUGCA